GAGAGCAAAGGGGCCCCCUUUCCACCGACUCAGCCGCUGCAAAAUGAGACAGAGGCGGGAAAGCGGGCGGCUCGCGACAAGCAGAAAGAAUCUGGUAUCAAGGCCAGGAAGAAGACGCGGAAAAAGCACAAAAAGGCAAACAAGCAAAAGGACGAAAAGAAGGAUCGCAAGCGGCAGCGAUGCGCGCCGCUGAUGCUGACACCCCAAGCCACCAACGAGGACUUCGGAGAUGCUCAAGGCAGCAUCUCCGACGACAUCUUCGAGAAGCUCAUGGACGUGAGUGUUAGUUCUGGCGAUGACGAGCACUUCCCAGAAGAG